AUGGGUCAAGGCUUCUCCCUCACAACGCUCUCUGCGGGCUCCGCAGGUAUCGAUGUUCCGGAGCUCUCAGAUUUGGUAUAUGAGAAGUCCAUGGGAACUGCUCGAUUCAUGAAAAGCAUUCGCGCCCGGAGCCAAGAUGGAGUUGUGCUUGUCAAGGUUGUUGUCAAGCCUUAUGCCAUGGAUCUUAAGAAGUAUAGGAAAAAGAUAAUCCGAGAACGAAAAGCUCUAGCCGAUGUCCCAAAUGCGCUUCCCUAUCAACGAAUCGCGGAAACCGAGACAAAUGGAUAUCUUGUUCGACAAUAUCUAUAUAGCUCCAUCUACGAUCGCAUGAGCACGAGACCAUUCUUGGAGGAUAUCGAGAAGAAAUGGCUUGCAUUUCAGCUGUUAUGCGCGGUUCGUGAUUGUCAUGCUCGAGACGUAUUUCAUGGAGAUAUAAAGACGGAGAAUACAUUAGUCACUUCAUGGAACUGGUUAUACCUAUCGGACUUCUCUUCUUCUUUCAAACCAACAACAUUGCCAGAAGACAAUCCUGCGGAUUUCUCCUAUUAUUUCGAUACUGCUGGACGAAGAACCUGCUAUUUAGCGCCAGAAAGGUUCUUGGCUACAGGAGAAACCCCGGAUCCUAAAGCACCGAUUACGUGGGCUAUGGAUGUCUUCAGUGUCGGCUGCGUGAUCGCGGAGCUUUUUCUAGAGACCCCUAUUUUCACACUGAGUCAAUUAUACCAAUAUCGAAGAGGAGAGUAUGAUCCAGGUACCUUAUUGCUCAAUCGAAUAACAGAUAAAGAUGUACGAGAAAUGGUGUCGCAUAUGAUACAACUAAGUCCGGAGUCCAGAUACUCGGCAGAAGAAUAUUUACAAUUUUGGAGAAAGAAAGUCUUCCCAGACUAUUUUUACAGCUUUUUACAUCAAUACAUGGGUUUAAUUACGGAUCCGUCCUCAGGAAGAACGCCGAUAUCUGGAUCAUCGGCCAACCUUGGUGAAGCAGAUGAACGUAUUGAUCGUAUCUACUACGACUUUGACAAGAUUUCGUACUUCUUAGGCUAUGAGAAUGAGAAACCAACACCAGCUACCAAGAGUCUUUCUACAGGAACAAGCUUACAACCUAUACCUGUACAUCUCAACAUCCCGAACAAUGAGCAUUUCGCUUCUGCUCUUGGAAGACGACCUGUAGAUGAUGGGACUUUGAUCUUUCUAGCUUUAGUUAUAUCAUCAAUGCGAAAUACUGCAAGGGCUACUGCAAAAAUUCGGGCUUGCGACAUAUUGCUAGCUUUUGCCGAAAGACUUACUGAUGAAGCAAAAUUAGAUCGGGUUCUACCAUAUAUCGUGACAUUACUCUCGGAUAAAUCGGAGCUUGUCAAAGUAACAGCUAUUCGUACAGUAACCCAACUGAUGGCUCUCGUUACAGUGGUCUCACCCAUAAAUGCACAUGUGUUUCCGGAAUACCUCUUACCUCGCAUGCAAAUAUUUCUCCCAGGUUCAACCACAGAACCUGACUCUCUGGUAAGAGCGACUUAUGCAGCAUGUCUAGGAAGCCUUGCGACUUCUGCCUCCAAAUUUCUCGAUAUGGUUGCAACUUUGAGAUCAGAUGGUUCGCUUCCUACUACAGACCCGGAUGCCGACGAUGCUGCCAACGGAGAAGCCCCAUUUCAAGGGCUAUUUGAUACAGCUCGAGCUGAGCUCAUUGAGAUCUUUGAAGGGCAUACAAAGGCAUUGAUUACGGACAACGACUCUGCUGUCAAGAGAGCUUUCCUGGGAUCGGUGCCAGAGCUAUGUAUGUUUUUUGGCACAGCAGACUCGAAUGAUAUUAUUUUGAGUCAUCUAAACACUUACUUGAACGAUCGAAACUGGAUGUUGAAAUGUGCCUUCUUCGAGACCAUUGUGGGGGUGGCCACUUUCCUAGGUGGUACCAGCCUCGAAGAGUUCAUACUGCCGUUGAUGGUUCAAGCUCUUACAGAUCCGGAAGAUUUUGUAGUAAGAAGUGUUCUCCACUCAUUUGCCGACAUGGCACAGCUAGGUUUAUUCCAGCGGUCAAAGAUAUGGGAAAUGGUAGAUGUGGUCAGUCGAUUCACAAUGCAUCCGAACAUCUGGAUUCGGGAGGCGGCGGCCAAUUUUAUCUCAUCAGCAACUAUUUACUUGUCCAGCGCCGACGAUUUAUGCAUUAUCUUACCACUGAUUCGACCAUAUCUCAAGACUGGCAUCAAUGAUUAUUCAGAGUUAUCACUACUUGACGCAUUGAAGAAACCACUUUCGAGGGCGGUCCUUGACAUGUCCAUAAAUUGGGCUAUCAAAGUGGAUAGAGGCAUAUUUUGGAAACCAGUUCAUCAAUUACGAACAUUCUCUUUUGACUCGAGUAGUUUUGUAUCGACUAUUUCAUCGAAAGAGACAGGCCAUCACGCCUUACAGAGGAUACCAAAGAACGAAGAAGAUGAACAGUGGUUAACAAAACUUCGAAACAUAGGAAUGAGUCAGGACGAUGAAGCGAAGUUGCUUGCCUUGAGAGAAUACAUAUGGCGUCUUGCACCUUUGAAAGCUAGAGAAGGUCCAACGCAUCCAAACUAUCUCAAUAACGUCAUCAACCUCAGAAGCUUCAAUAUUACACCACAGACAGUAAUGUUUGAUGAACAGAUUACAGAAGAACCGCCUCGCAAAAUAAAUAACGGCUUAGAGGACAAUGGAGAACAACACUCUAUUGCCGAUGCUUUACUUGAUGCCUCCAUGACUAUUGAUAAUUCAAUUGCUAAAAGAAAACGCUCUGCAAUCAAUAGUCACAGAUCGAAGGCCGGCAUACCAAUUAUCACCAAUGGACUAGAGCCACACUCUCCAACGUUGUCACCGGCAUUCCUAUCUUCUAAUGAUACCUCAACACCAAGAUCAGUGUUAACACCGCGAAAGGGAUCUUUAGCUCGUCCUGGGACUUCAGACACAUCUGGACAGAUGAGCGAUGAUGGUACAGCGUCACUGUUGGGAGCUACAUCUAUCAACUCGGGGGAUACUAUUCGUGGUAUUCAUCAUAAAUCUUCUGCUAUGACUCUCAUGAAUCGUAAUGAAUCGGGAAAGAGUGUUCCCGAGACAGGUACUACUUCGACAAAUGCUAUUGGCAAGGUUGAAGGACCAUUCACACAAUUCGCAUCUCAGCCCUCGCCAAUUACCCUGGCAAGAGAUCAAGAUGGGAAUGGGAAGGAUGAAAUUCGAUUCAGGGCAGCUCAUACCUAUUCAGGUAACGAUCCAAAUAUACUCAAAAUGUUGGACGCCAUGUAUGUGGAUAAUUACCCCAAUGAUAUCGCGGAAUUUGGACCUAUGAUCGCCCCUUCGAGUCGACGCCGAGCUAUCAGUAGGAAUAGUAAUCAAGCCGCGGAUAAACCAUGGAAACCUGAAGGUACACUUGUUGCUACUUUUGCUGAGCAUGUUGGACCUAUACAUCAUAUCGCCGUUGCUCCAGAUCAUGUAUUUUUCCUUACUGGUGGAGAUGAUGGUUGUGUCAAAGUCUGGGAUUCUGGUCGACUCGAGCGGAAUAUUGCACAUCGUUCUCGACAAACCCACAAACACGCAAAUGACGCCAAAGUCACUGCGUUGUGCUUUGUGGAGCACACACACUCGUUCGUGAGUUGUGGAAGUGAUGGGAGUAUCAACGUAGUCAAGAUUGACUGUAUUCAAAGUGGUGGAGUGGGAAGAUAUGGCAAACUUCGCCUUUUGCGUGAAUAUCAGCUCCCGAAAAACGAAUUUGCUAUCUGGGCAGAACAUUUUAAAUUAGAGACAAACUCGAUUUUACUCAUUGCCACAAAUCGUUCGAGGGUAUUGGCUAUUGAUUUAAGAGCCAUGACACUCCUCUAUACUUUGAAAAAUCCCGUGCACCACGGUACUCCAACAUGUUUUUGUAUCGAUAAGAAACGUAGUUGGUUACUACUAGGAACUUCACAUGGUAUCUUGGAUCUAUGGGAUCUACGUUUCAAGGUCCGUUUAAAGGCUUGGGGUGUACCAGGAGCCACAUCUAUAUACAGAAUUCGGAUCCAUCCUACUAGAGGUCGAGGAAGAUGGGUAUGUGUUGCUGGUGGUAGUGGACAAGGAGAGAUUACCGUCUGGGAUGUUGAAAAGACGCAAUGUCGAGAAGUAUAUCGCAGUGGAUCCAGUCGAGAGGCACCAAAGAAUUAUGAACCUUGGCCCGUUGAUGAGGAUCGACCAGAAGGUAUGCUUGGUCGUUUUGCAGGAGCUCUUGAACCAACAGCCAGUGUUUCAGAUUAUGGUAUUCGUGCUAUGAUCACUGGUACUGAUUCUAAUGAUGAUGGCCAUGAUGUGAAAUAUGGUUUUAUUAUCACUGGUGGCUCAGAUCGGAAGAUCCGGUUUUGGGAUUUAUCACGCGUAGAAAGUUCAAUGGUCGUGAGUGGUUUAGAGACUGAUGAACUCAAACCUUCAUAUACAAGCUCACAUCCUACACCAAUACUUAUAUUGAACAACGAGCGAGUUCCCAGACAAACACCAACGGCUCCUAAUGCAGGGACAAGAGAUAGAGGCAAGGACGGAGAUAAAUCUGAGGGGAACAGCAAAGGAACUGGAAAGGCGCCAAGGAGUACGGUCAUCUCAUUGCAAGGACAGAAGUUAUUAAGGGCGCAUUUGGAUUCGAUUUUGGAUGUGGCGUUGUUAGAAAGUCCUUAUGGGAUGAUGAUUAGUGUUGAUAGAGGGGGCGUUAUCUUUGUCUUUCAGUGA